AUGGAUUAUAAGGAUGUAGAUUUGGUUCUUGGAGGGACCUCUCGAGAGACUAUUGCAAGCAGAAAGUUGUUUGUUGGAGGGGUUUCCCAGGAGACAACUGGAGAAACCUUAAAAGAAUACUUCAGUAAGUAUGGACAAGUGAGAGAGUAUGAGAUUAUCAAAGACAGAAACACAGGUAGUGGAAGAGGGUUUGGUUUUAUCAGCUUCACAGAUCCAUUUGUUGUUGAUGGAGUUCUUCAGGAUGAGCACAUCAUUCUGGGAAAAAUGGAUUUAUGGGUGGAGGUAAAAAUGGCAAAGCCCAAAAUUGAUAGGCUUAAAGAACCCGAUUAUCUUCAACAGCAGCAAAGUAAUAGGUUGAGCAAAACAAAUUGUACUAAGAUUUUUGUGGGGGGUUUGCCUCCAACAUUAACGAAAGAGGAUCUCAGAAGGUUUUUCCAGCGUUUUGGUACGAUCAUCGAUGUGGUUGUGAUACAUAACAAAGAAACAAAUAAACCUAGAGGCUUCGGGUUUAUUGUUUUUGAUUCGGAGGAAGCAGUGAACAAUGUUCUGAAAAAGAGCUUUUAUAAAUUGAAAAACAAGGAAGUGGAGGUCAAGAGGGCUAAGCCUAAGGACAUGAUUGGUUGGCCUAUAUCCAUUUAUGAUUGUAAUAAUACAGGUUUGGGUUUCGGAAAUGGAUCUUUCGGGUUUUAUUCUCCUUCUGCUCCUUCUGGCGGUGUUAAUUUAGGGUAUUCUUAUGGAUUAAACUCUUACAAUGGAUUAGAGGCUCCUUUCAUGGCCGGAGCUCCUUUUAUGGGGUACAAUGGAGUUGGCUAUGAGACCUCAUUUGCUAGUACAAGUUAUAAUCAGAGCCCAAUUGGUUAUGGAAGUACAGUCUCUUAUCCCGCACAAACCAACAGUGAGGCGUAUGGUUAUGGUUAUGGUUAUGGUUGGUCUAGCGGGUUCAUGGAUAUGAACAAUGGGGCAUAUAGGUCUAGGGGAGUCAUGGACAUGAAUGCUUCAACAUCGGUCGUGAAUACUAACUCAAGUGACAAUGACAAUGAUGAUGGUAAUGAGGUUGAGGUUCUGGCUAGUACAAGGUUGUUGCAGAUUGGUGAUGGAUCGAAUUCGGAAGACAAUGGUGCAGAACAUCAGAACAAAGGGCGUUCUUGUGAUUCUAGUUGA